UACAUUAUCUAAAUUGAUUGAUCGCACACACACAUUGUAAUGUAUAAAUAUCCACCAUAAGCUGAAUUCAAUUUGAAUUGUCAUGAUUUUUUUAGUUUUCGUUUUUUGAUUACUAAAUUUGAAUUUGUCAAAAUGUAAAAGAAAAAAAAUCUAAACACUAUUUACAGUCUAUUACGCUCAUUCCUUUCCUCACAUCGACAUACUUGAUGAUAAUAAUGGUCGUCGUCGUCGUCGUUAUGAUUGAUAUGAACCACGCCGUCAAUAUCCAAACACCCUAUUUUCUUUUGACAAACAUCAAAUCAUAUAAUAACAGAAAAUAUUAAACAACAAUACACUCUUUUCUUUCUGGUUAUAAUCAUCAUUUAGAAAAAAUAUGAUGCAUAAUUUAUUUAAAAAGAAAAAAUCCUCAUCAUCCACGAAUCAAUCCUCUAAUUCAUCAUCAUCCUCAUCAUCAAAUCAUUAUCCAUAUUAUGGCCAUCAUCGUGGAUCAUUUAAAGGUAAUAAUAAUAGUUCUAUUUCGACGACAACAUCGAUUGGUGGACUAUUUGGUGGACCAUUGAUUUCAAAUCGUUCAUCAUCAAUAUCAUCAUCAUCAGGUUCAUCCGGAUCAACAACAAGAACAACUAAUCUUAAUAAUCAUUCCAUCAAUAGCCAUUUUGUUAAAAAUAAUACUGCCACAACGACUACGGCUACAACUACAAUCGGUGGUAAUAAUGGCAAGAAUAAUGUUGUGUCCGGUCAGAGGAAUAUUUUCGCCACACAAAAACAAUUAUUAAUGACGACCGGAACUUCAUCAUCCGGUAAUCAUAAUUCAAAUAGAAGACAAAGUGAUACAACAUCAAAUGCUACAAAUAAUAGUGAUAAUAUUGGACAACAUCAACAAUAUACAUCAGCCGCAUUUGAACCAUUAAUUGAUGAUGGUAAAAAUCAUCAUCAUCAUCAUCAUUCACAAAAAGGUUCUAAAUCAUCAACAUCCUCAUAUCAUAAUAAUAAAACUUCAAACUCAAAUUUCAAAUCUUAUCUACAACAUGGUGAACGUGAACAUCACUAUAAUCAGAUACCUCAACAACAAUUAUCAACAUCACCACAAAGUCACAUAGAAUCAAUGGGAAAAAAUUCUAUUCGUCAAUAUCAUCAUCAUGGCCAAAUGAUAUUGUCAAAUUCAAAUUUCAUACAGACAAAAACAACUUCGACAACAACAACAACAAUGACAACUACACCACCAAUAAUGAUUAAUCGAAUUAUACCAGUUAGGCCGGCACCACCACCACCACUACCACCUAAACAACAAACAGCAUUGAACAUUGUUGCUGAUAAUCAACGUAUGAUUGGUUCGAUUCAUGGAUUACAACGUCCAUCAAUGAUGACAAUAGCAUUGAAUUCGAACCACAAUAAUCACCAUCAAGAUUAUGAUCAUUUAAUUAAUGGUCAUUCAAAUAAUAUAUUUGAAUGUUUAGUUCCGAAUAAACAAUCCAUAUUCGAUGGACAACUGCAAUCAUCAUCAUCCUCACCACCUAUAAGUGAAAGCCAACAACAACAACAAAGGCAUCAUCAUAAACCAUUAGAACGAACAAAUGCAAGUAAUGGUUCGGCUAUUAUCAUUGAACAAUCACCACCGAUCAUUGAAAAUUGUAGCAGUCCUCAUCAAUUAUCACCCAACAUUUGCCAAACAUCGACGGAAAUGAAUGAUGAAAAUCCUGAAUGUGAAAUAAUAUCUGAAUAUCGUUCUAAUAGUCAUGGAACUGGUGCCUCAUCUUUAUCAUCAUCGUCACCACCGACACCUCCAAUACGUACAACAUGGAUAAAUCAACAAUCGAUGAUUCAUAAUCAUAAUUCAUUGGGAACAUCAAAUGAUUGUGUCAUAUCUUCUGCAAUAGAUGAAAAUGGUAGUCAUAAUAAUAAUGAUAAUGUUUAUUCAGAAGAUCAUAUUGCAACAUCUUAUCAAAACAACGAUAAUGGUGAGGAUGAUGAUGAUAGUGAUAAUCGAAUUACAUCAACAAUACAUGGUCAUAUAAUUGUAAAUGAAUUCGAACAUCCAUCAACAUCGAUAGCACCUACCAAUAAUAAUAAUAAUAAUAUUGCUACUACAACACCGGAUAACGAUUUAAGUAGUGGUGGUACUAUUGAUAAUAAUUCCAAUAGAUUUCCUGGUUGUCUUGGUGUGUCGAUUCUAUCCUCAUCAUCAUCCUCACCAUCACCAUCAUCAAAUUCGGCUAGUCCGGAAAAUCUAGUUCUCAAUUCUAGCACCAAUAACAACAACAAUAGUAACAGACGAUUUGAAUCAACAACGAGUGAUGAUGGGGAUGAUGAUGGUGAUCAAGCCAUUACAAUGAUGGUCAAUUCAAGUCAAACGUCAAUUCUAUCAUCAUCAUCAAAUUCAUCAUCAAUGCAUAACGAAUCCAUGGGCAAUACUGAACAACAACAACCGCAGCAGCAGAAGAAUGCAACAAGAUCAUCAAUACGAACAGAUGGUCGUUCAAUUAAUCAUCGUAAACAUAUAGCAUAUCAUCAACGGCAACCAGAUCGACGUUAUGCUAGACAAAUAACGGAUGAAGAGAUUAGAAAUGCAAGCAAUUUACUUAGACAACAAUCAGCUACUAGUGAUGUGGUUGGUGAUAUCGAUAGUGAUAGAUUAACUGGUUAUUUGAAUCGUGUUGAUGGUGUCACUGAUGAUGAUGACAAUAUUUCAAUGAACAAUUCAAAUAGUGCCAAUGUUCAAAAUGAAUGUGAUAAUAAUAAUAAUCAUGGCGAAUCAUUAUCAUCUUCAUCAUCAUCGACAAGUUUAAGCUGUAAUAGUGCUCUAUCAAAUUUAAUUACACAAUUCGAGUCGGUACUUAAUCAAACAACGCCCAUACAACAAACAGAAUCUGUGAUUGAAUCAGAUACGACAACGACAAUGGUACCGGAAUUAUUAAAUGAUGAUCAAACAGUUAUUGCCACCAAUUCAGCAAAACAGCAAUCAACAACAUUAACAUCAUCAUCAUCAUCACAAACCACUACCACGACUAUUACUGUCUGUGAUCGACAAUUAGAGCCAUAUGUAAAUGAAAUUUGUCCAAAUGAAGCAAUGGAAUUGGAACAACUAGAACAUCGACGUUCACCAAAUAAUCAUCAUAAUCCAAAUCAAACGAAUAAUACGUCUAAUACAAAUUAUUAUCAUCAUAAUUUAGAUGAUAUUGCCGAAGCUUAUGAUGAUGUUGAUGUUGAUGCGGAUGUUGAUGAUGAUGAUGAUGAUACUUCAGUUAUGAUGCAAAAUUGUGGUGAAGAUUAUUCCGAUGAUUUAGCUAGCCGAAAUUAUUUGACCGCAGUUAGAGAAAAUCAUCAUCAUCCUAAUCAAUCAUCAAAUCAACAGAAUGGCUCAAGUUCGAACAUAUCACGAUCGAAUGAUGACGAUGAUGAUAGUGAUAAUGAUAUUUAUGCUGAUGUCGAUCAAGAUGAUGAUGAUGAUAAUGAUGCAGAUAUGGAAGAGAUUGAAUCAGAAGCUGAUGAUGAUUGUGAUGGCGAAGAUGAAUCGGAUAUUAAUCCAAUGCAGCAAUCAACUUCAACAUCAACUGGUCAACAACAUCGACGACUAGAACGUGUAGGCGUAUCAUCGUUAUCUACUAUAGAUCAAUGUGAUAUAUCAUCAUCAUCAACAGCAGCAGCAGAGAUAAUAGAACAGAAUGUGAAUUCUAUUGAAGAUCAAUCAACCACUUCAUCAUCAUUAAAUAAUGAUCCCGUAAUAAUGACAAAAAAUUUAAAACAAUCAUCUGCUGGUAAUGAUAAUAAUAGUAAUCAUCAACAACAAACAAAACAACAACAUCAAAGACGUAAUAAUAAUAAUUCAAUGCAUCAUCGACGAUCACAAACGGUUGUCCUUGAUGGUUUAUCACAUCAUACAAAUUCAUCACGACCACGAUCAAUGAAUAUAGGUGGUGGUGGUCAAGGAAAUCAUCUACCAAAUGUACGAUCAGCAACGAUUACUAGGUUACCAUCAUUACCUGAACGUACAUUUCGUUAUAGCCGUGUGGAAACAGAGGAACCGUUACCACCAAAUUGGGAAGCACGUCGUGAUGCUCAUGGACGGAUAUUUUAUAUUGAUCAUGAAAAACGUACAACCACAUGGAUCAGACCUAUUUAUCAUCCUAAUAUCACAAAUAAUCAGCAGAGAAAUUCUGGUCAAACUAAUCAAUUGAUUCAAUCGUCAUCAUCAUCAGGAGGAUCACAUCCAUUGACAAAUACUACAACAACAACGACAUCAUCAUCAUCGGCAAGUAAUGUUGUUACAGAAUUAGAACAGCCAUUAUCAUUGGCUACAAUUAUACCUUCCGUUUCGACAACGAAUGCAAACACUUCCGAUCAAUCAUAUAGUUCAAUGAUUGUUGAUCCGCAAUCAAAUAAUUCGAUUGUAAAUCAUCAAUUUCCAAAUGAUCCGUCAUCAAUAUCGGCAAUUACAAUGCAUUAUAUUACAAAUGCUGAACACAUACAUCGGCAACAAUUGGAUCGUCGUUAUCAAUCGAUUCGUCGUUCAAUUGGUGGUAAUGGUGCUGGUUCUAGCCGUCAUCGUGGUGCUAUUGGUGGAGAUUUUCCUGCUUCUACUGGAGGAGGACAUUCAACAACAUCUCAACAACGAAAUUAUUUAAAACAACCACUAACUUCUGCUUUACAACAACAACGUCUUUCUUCGAAUACGACAACUGGAAUCGGAUUUUCAAAUACGGCUCUUGUUGCCGCUACAACAACUAAUAAUACCAGCGGAAAUACAUUAAAUCUUCAAUGUGGUAAUGACAUGAUACAAGACAUAUCGAAUGCAUAUUCAAUUUCUAAUCCAACAUUCGCUUAUCAAUUAUCAGACUCUGAUUUAAUCGAUUCACCUUCAACUGCCAGUUGUAGUCAAGGUUCCGGUGUUUUAAGUCUAACACAAGCUUAUUUUACUGGUGGACAGGCCGCAUCAGCUGUUGGUACGCAACAAUUGUGUAACCAACAAUUAUCCAAUCUACCACCAUCUUCAGCAACAACAGGAAUCACUCAAUCAGAUUCUUCAACUAGUGGUACAUCUACAACGAAUAUUCUACAAACACAACAGCAACAAGAAUUACCUCCUACACCAACACCACCACCAUCAUCAUCAUCGACUGCAAAUCGAAUUCUUGAUGUACCAGCACUUCGUUUUCUAUUACGAUCCGAUUUUUUUAACGUAUUACAUCUAAAUGAUGAUGCAUUAGGACAAUAUAAUGGUUCGACAACAUUGAAACAUAUGGUAACGAAAAUUCGUCGUGAAGGACAAAAAUCACCACCAUCCACUGAAUCAUUUCAACGUUAUCAACAUAAUCGUUAUCUAGUUUCGUUGAUUAAUAAAUUUGCCAAUACGGAUAAACCCCUUCCACGAGGUUGGGAAUCAAAACGUGAUCGUUCGAAUAAAAUGUUUUUCAUUGAUCAUAGUACCCGUUCGACUACUUAUAUUGAUCCACGAUUACCACUUGAUCUACCGGAAAUAAAUCCACAUUCAGUGUCGAUGGCACCGAUCCGUAGACGUACUGGUAAUCGUCCAGGAACUAAUUCACCGGCAUCAGCCAGUAUACAUUCACAAGUUGAUAUGAUGAUUGCUGCUGGAAUGUCGCCGAUUCCACCCCCACGACCACAUUUAUCGGCCAAUAAUAAUUCCACUGCUAUUACCACUAAUGGAACAAGUUCUGGUACUGUAUCAUCAUCUAUGUUUAUACCUGGACUCAAUAUUCCCGCUCAAUUAACCGAACAAUCAUUAGCUUCGUAUGAAGCAUCAGUACCUACAUCGUAUAAUGAUAAAGUAGUCGCUUUUCUUCAACAACCAAAUAUCUGGGACAUUCUUUCAGAACGAAGAUCCAGUAUCAAAAAUAAUAGUUCAUUACGUGAUCGUAUACAGACAAUACGUACAGAAGGUGUUGAUGCACUACGUCGUUUCACUAAUGAUCUGGAUCUUAUUAUGUUAUUAUCAUUAUUUGAAAAUGAAAUUAUGUCUUAUGUUCCACCAUCAUCAUCUUCCACAAACAAUAAUCGAACAACAACAAAUUCAUCCAGUUCGACUAAUUUGAGUGGUUUCUCUUUGAUACCAAUAACGGCACCGACCACACGAAUUGCUAGUAGUCAUGGCCCAUAUAAACGUGAUUUUGAAACAAAACUACGACAUUUUUAUAGAAAAUUAGAAAAAAAUGGCUAUGGACAGGGACCAUCAAAGUUGAAAUUGAUCGUUCGUCGCGAUCAUCUAUUGGAAGAUGCAUUCAACAAAAUAAUGUCCAUAUCUACAAAGAAAGAACUACAAAAAUCACGACUAUACAUUUCAUUCACUGGUGAAGAAGGUCUUGAUUAUGGUGGUCCAUCACGUGAAUUUUUCUUUUUACUUUCACGUGAACUAUUCAAUCCAUAUUAUGGCCUUUUUGAAUAUUCUGCUAAUGAUCAAUAUACUGUACAAAUUUCACCAAUGUCAGCAUUCGUAGAUGAUUAUCAGGAAUGGUUUCGUUUUGCUGGUCGUGUGCUGGGCCUAGCACUUAUUCAUCAAUACCUAUUGGAUGCAUUUUUCACACGGCCAUUUUAUAAAUCAUUGCUCAAAUCUGAAUGUGAUCUAUCUGAUCUCGAAUAUUUGGAUGCCGGUUUUCAUCAAUCAUUAAUGUGGCUUAAAGAAAAUGAUAUAACCGAAAUGCAAGAUGCAUUAGAUCUAACAUUUUCAGUGACCGAAGAGAUUGCAGGACAAAUAGUUGAAAAGGAAUUGAAACCAACUGGAAAAAAUAUAUCUGUGACUGAACGAAAUAAAAAAGAAUAUAUUGAACGUAUGGUGCGAUGGCGGGUUGAACGCGGUGUUGCCCAGCAAAGUCAAUCAUUAUUGAAAGGAUUUAAUGAAGUUAUCGAACCACGUUUGACAGCUGUUUUUGAUGCAAGAGAAUUAGAACUAGUGAUUGCCGGUACAGCCGAAAUCGAUGUAAAUGAUUGGCGUAAAAAUACUGAAUAUCGUUCCGGUUAUCAUGAUAGUCAUCCAGUUAUACAAUGGUUUUGGGCUGCCAUUGAACAUCGAUUCGAUAAUGAACAACGAUUACGAUUGUUACAAUUUGUCACUGGUACAUCAUCAAUACCAUAUGAAGGAUUCGCUGCGUUGCGUGGUAGUAAUGGACCACGAAAAUUUUGUAUAGAAAAACUUGGUAAACCAACUAGUCUACCUAGGGCUCAUACUUGUUUCAACCGGUUAGAUCUACCACCAUAUACAUCAUUCGAAAGCCUUUAUGAAAAGCUAUUAUUAGCCGUUGAAGAAUCAUCUACAUUUGGAAUUGAAUGAUUUUUUUUUAUUUGAAAAAAUCUAUUUAUUUAAGUGAUAAAAAAUACAAAACCACACACACACACACACACAAUGGAUAGACGAAAAUAUAACGUACAAAUCAUAAACGAUACCAAUAAUAAUUCCACUUUGAUUCAUUCGCUCUCAUCUUGAUUUUGGAAUCCUGGAACAAUAAAUUAGUGAAUUCUGUUUACUUUUUUUUA